AUGAAGUUCUUCGUUCCUCUGGCUUGCCUCCUGGCAGUACUCGCACCAGUUCUCGGCGAACAGAUCGUCGGCGGGUAUGAGUCCAAAGCAAACAGCAGACCCUACCAGGUGGCCCUCUAUGACUCGAGCAGUGGUAACUUCCAGUUUUGUGGUGGUACCCUCGUCAACUCAAGAUGGGUCGUUACAGCCGCCCACUGCGUGAAGGGCAGCUCUGUCUACGUAGGUUUGGGAUACCAUGACAAGUACAGCCACAGCGGGUCCGGUCAGCAGUUUAUCAGGGGGACUUGGCGUCGCCAUCCGUCAUACAACAGCGGCAACCUUGAUAAUGAUAUCGCCUUGAUCAAACUGGACAGUAGUGCCAACACCGGCAGCUCAAAGAUCUCAACCAUCAGCAUCAGCAGCAGCAAGCCUUCUUCGGGGACAAGCCUGCUCGUGAGCGGAUGGGGAACAACGUCAAGUGGAGGGUCAAGUUCCAGGAAGCUGAGAGAAGUGGUGGUUAAAGCAAAGUCUACGAGUGAUUGCAAAAAAGCCUAUGGAUCCUCAUCGAUCACUAGCAACAUGUAUUGCGCGGCUGCUUCCGGAAAAGACUCCUGCCAGGGUGACAGCGGUGGCCCAAUUGUCAGCAACUACGGGUCUAACUAUCACAGCAGCGGCACCAGACUGCGGGGCGUUGUCAGCUGGGGUUACGGCUGCGCUGAUUCUAGGUACCCUGGUGUCUACACCAACAUCGCCAACUACUGUAGCUGGUUAUCAUCCACUUCUGGAGGUGCCGUCCGGUGUUAG